CCUUCCACAACAUGGGGCCCGAGCCGCUCCGCUCCGCGCUCGCCCAGGUCGCCCGCCCUGCGGGUUCUCUCAUAAUCCGCUUCCCCGACCACCAUCGGCUCUCGUCGGCCGGCAUCACGGAGCUGCUCCGCGCCAUCGCAUCGCUUGCGCUGGUGGUUCUCGAUGCCGACAUUUGGGAAGACGUAUGCGCCAGGGGCGACGCGGAUGCCAUCGAGUUGCCGCGCUUUGAACGCACCACCUCCAUCACACUCUGUUUCGGCCCAUGGUUCCCGCGACCGCGAUGGUCGCCGCUGUUGGUGCCUGAUGAAGGUUUCACGGGCGCUUGAGAGUCUCUCGCUCUCGCUCCGUGACUGUAACAUUGACCUUGGCUACCUGCUCCCAUGCUGCCCGCGCCUGCGAAAGCUUCAGAUUGACAGCUGGCAGCUCGACUCUCUCACAGUCCACUCGCCAUCGCUUGAGGAGCUAGAUCUGAGUGCCCCUGUGCUGCUUCGGCGAAUCGACAUCUCAGCCACUGUGCUCAAGACACUUAGGCUUUUUGUCAUUCAUAGUUUCGACAAUGAGUUUACCUUGAAAUUCUCAGCACCACUGGUUGACAAUCUCACAUGGCGGUAUGUCUGUCACUCAACAAGUGAGAGGUUUGGUGUGAUCUGGUUCAUGUGGAGCCUGACCUUAUUGACGCCAAAGUCCCUUGGGCACGUGCACGGCCUUCCGGAUAACAUUCUCUGGUUGAACAUAGGGACCAGAGAUAAUUUGGGCAAUGUUUCCCGGAGCUUUGAGCAAGAGAUAUCCCGAAUUCCAGUGAGAAAUAUCUCUUGUUUAGUGCUGCAACUGGCAACAAAAGGGCAUGUUUAUGGAGCAAUGUUGCUGGAUCUUAUUGGGCUAUAUUCCUCUAUCCAAAGGCUUCAGGUGACAAUAAAUCGAUAUGAUAAGAAGGUCAAAGCAUGCUCCGUAAACUGUCCUUGCCACCAGCCUUACAACUGGAGGAGUCAAAUUAUAUCCUUGACUGAUCUUAAAGAAGUCUCUAUCGAAGGCUUCAAAGGAGAAGAGCAUGAAGUUGGUCUACUGAAAGUACUGCCGCGAUGUGCUGUGAUGCUUGAAAGAGUGACCAUCAACUUCCCUAGAAAUGUUCCACGAAGUUGCACUGCCUACAUGGAACUCCCUAGCAUUUUAAAGGCACAUCCUUCAGUAAAAUUCAAAAUUUACCGUGGUGAUCAGGUUUUAUUUGGAUGAUUAAGAUGCUCCUAGAGGUAUGUGCUGCCAGAUUUCUUUUGAUAGCAUGCUUACUAAAGGUUGCUUCUUUGGUUGUGGCAUGUGAGGCUUAAUCAAUUCUGCAAGAUACUUUCACACUGGUGGAAUCUGUUUUCCAGUUUAUCAGGAUCCGCUGUAGUUGAUUUAGCGUACAAUCGCAAAAUCUUCAGAUGUGGUCAGAAACCUAAGACGAGAGAGAGAGAAAAAAUUCUCAGUUUCAUCUGACGAUGAUAGAUAGUGCAGUAUGGCCAGAACAAGGUGUUGCAUAAUACAAACCCUGGGAAGAAAGGGAGUCUGGUCCAUAGAUCAUUUUCUGCUCCUUUUCCCAAGUUGUAUAUACGUCAACUAUGGUCUAUGGAGGUUUACCCAAUGAGCUGAUAAAAACCCAGUCAAGUUCUAGUUCCUUGAGUGUGUCUGGGCUGAUGUAAUAGGAUGCUGGUGUUGAAAUGUCUCAUUGCUGCAUGAUCCCAAAAGCAGCCUUCUUAUUUGGUUAAGAUGGGUUGUCUCAUAACUGUGCUUAUUCUCUUAUCGUGGAAUCAGUAUAGAUCUUUCUUUGCAGUUUUAA